AUGGGUUCUAAUCAAAGUAAUACCAAAUACAAUGCUAGAAAGGUUGGUGAAACUGUUAUUAUUGAAAGAGCAGAAGUACCAGAAGAAUAUCAUAACGUUAAAGUAUCUAAACAGGUAGUUUCUCGUGUUAAUAAUGAAAAUAUAGAUAACCAAAAUGAAAAGUCAGAAAACUCUACACCACCUACUUCAAAAGUAGAUGAUCAAAAUAUAAAAUAUAUUCCAUUAAAAGAAAUUAAAAUCAUAGAACGGAAUCAACCAAUUUCUGAAAAUGAAAUUGAGGCAAAGAAGGCUGUUUUUAAAAAUGCAGCAAAGCGUGUCGAUGAUCGCUUUUUUAAGUUUCAACGUGAAAAUGAGUGUGCUCAAAAUGAAAAUUCUAUUUUAGUUUGUCUCGAUAGUAACAAAAAUAUGCCAUGGAACUGUUCUAAUUUAGUACGAGAAUACGAUAAUUGUAUUACGUCAUUCUUGCAAAAAGUUUCAUCACAACAAUAA